AUGGUAUUUGACCCUAGCACGAAUGGAAACGCCUCUCGGCAUGGUGAUGUACAAGAUGAUCAGCCCGGGGGGAAGUACGGAUACCGGCUAGGACAUAGGCUUGGAGAGUACCAAAUUCCCGACGUUGUCCUCAACUCUCCAAAUCGGAAAAUCAAAGUCAUCACAGUUGGAGCCGGAAUUAGUGGCAUACUCAUGUCAUACCUGAUACAGAAGCACGGCGAAAACAUCCAACAUGUAGUUUACGAGAAGAACGGUGAUAUCGGAGGAACUUGGCUUGAGAACAGAUACCCGGGUUGUGCUUGCGAUGUACCUUCCCAUGCAUACGCAUUUGCUUUCGCCUUGUAUCCCGACUGGCCGAAGUACUUGAGUCCGUCCGAGGACAUCUUCCGCUACCUCGACCGCGUUGUUGAGUGUUUUGGGCUUCGAAAGCAGAUGGUCUUCGACUCGACAGUGAUAAGCUGCAACUGGAACGAAGACGAGUCUCAGUGGCACGUCCGAAUUAAGAAUUCAGAAACCGGGGAGACUCGCGAAGAUGUAGCCGACAUUGUGAUCGGCGCGAACGGAAUUCUAAACUCAUGGAAGUUUCCCGAGGAGGUCGAGGGUCUGCAUUCCUUCAAAGGUCGAUUGAUACAUACUGCACGUUGGCCGACCGACUUUGGCGAGGAGCAAUGGAAAGGUCGGCGGGUGGCAGUCAUUGGGUCUGGAGCGACGAGUAUGCAGGUUGUCCCUACCAUGCAACCACACGUCGAAAAAAUGGACAUCUUUGUCAGGACCCCAGUUUGGUUUGCAGAGUUUGCGGAUCACAGUGGCGACAACUUCGACUACACUACAUACGAGCGCGAGUCUAUGAAGAGAGACACCGAAGCUCUUGUUCACAAAGCCAAGUUCAUCGAAGACAAAUUGAACACCGCGGCCGGACUACGGGCGUUCAUGGUCCACAGCGCCGAGGCACGCAUGAUUCGCGAGCACUUCACAGACCGUAUGCGCAGGUUCAUCCACAGAGACGACAUCUUUGAGCAAUUACUGCCCAGUUUCGCUGUUGGCUGCCGAAGACUUACGCCUGGUAACCCGUACAUGCGCGCAGUGCAAAAGGAGAACGUUCAGUUGCAUAGAGGUGCAGUAACAAAGGUUACACCAUCCACGAUUAUUGCAUCCAACGGUGAUGAGGUCGAGGUUGACACCAUCGUCUGCGCUACCGGCUUCGACGUCAGUUUCCGACCGCCGUUCUCAGUCGUCGGACGUAACGGAAUUAGCCUACAGGAGAAAUGGAAGAGAGUCCCUGAAGGGUAUCUCAGCGUGGGCGUGCCCGAUAUACCCAACUACUUCACGGUCGUGGGGCCGUCAUUCCCCAUUGCCAACGGAAGUGUUAUGGGCCCCCUCCAAGCUGUGGGGCGGUACAUCCUGAAGGCCAUACAGAAGAUGCAGCGAGAGAACAUUGCAUCUAUGGUUCCAAAGCAGUCCGUCACAGACCAGUUUAAUGAGCAUGCGCAGGCCUGGAUGGUCGGAACCGCAUGGGCGGAUUCUGGGUGUCGAUCGUGGUACAAGGACAACAACACAGGGCGCGUCAACGCGAUAUGGCCUGGUAGCAGUCUGCACUUUUGCGAACUGAUCACAGAGCCGAGGUACGAGGACUUUGAGAUCAAGUACUCGAACAAGCACAAUAUGUGGGAAUUCUUGGGCCUAGGCUUCACCAGGAACAUGAUGGCGGAGAAUGGCGAUCUAAGCCCUUACAUGGCGUUAGAUGCUAUUGACGGGGCAUUUGUCGGAUAUGAGCCGGACAAGGAUGCCGAGGACGCAAGAGUCAGGAGGAUGGCAGACAUGGUUCACGACGGACCAAAGAAGAAGGGAAACGAGGAGGGCGCAACGGCAGGAAGGAUGCCAUUUUCGAACGGAUCAAUUUGA